AUGUUUUAUUAUGAUAAAAUAUAUUUUAUGAUAAUUUUUAGUUUUGUUCUGAUAUCCACUAAUUCAGAGAGCAAGGUAGUUAAAUGCAAAAUUGAAAGCUUCAUAGAAUCACUGACAAAUGAUCAAAAAAAUGAUUUGUUAUAUCUGUGGAUGAAUUAUACUAAAGGCUAUUGUCGAGACAAUCUCAAUAAUACCAGUGUAGUUGAUCCUACCCAUGAGUCUUAA